AUGGACCACGUCUCAUCUUUGGAGUGCUUGAAAUUGGAUUCCCAGUCGGAGGCGCUCGAUAAGGACGGCGGGGAAAAGGACCUUUUCUCACCAACUAUGGUCCCCCUCGACUGCAAUACGCCAAUAAUUGGGAGCAAGGCUGAUGAAUCAGAGCUUGAAGAACCUGAGGAUGAAGAAUUUUUGUCUAAUGAAUCACAGGCUGAAGAACUUAUUGGGAGCAAGGCUGUUGAAUAUGAUUCUGUAGAAUUAGAAGUUGAUGAAUUGGAGCCUAGAAAACUUAUUGGUCAUGAAUGUGAGUAUUGUUUAAAGGUGGGUGAUCACUUUACGCAACUAUGCCCUUACAAGUAUUAUGUCCCAAAGAACGCAAUUGUUAGCACUAGGUGUGUGGUUCUUUGCAAUCGUUGUGGUUGCCACUUUAGAGACUCAUGUUGUUCCAAUUGUGGCCGAAGCGAUGGAUGUGCAGUUCUCAUGGAUUGUUUAAAUUGUGGGAAGAAAGGUGAACACAUGACUUAUAUGUGUCCAAGCCGCAAGCUGAAUCCCGUUUGCUCACACACAAUCAAGGACUGCGGCGUUGUGUCUCCACCUUUGCAAAUCCACCGGCCAAAGCCAAUCAGGAGCAAGAAUGAUGAAUCGGAGAAUGAUGAAUCGGAGAUUGAUGAAUCGGAGAUUGAUGAAUCAGAGACUGAUGAAUCGGAGAUUGAUGAAUCGGAGACUGAUGAAUCGGAAAAUCUUAUUGGCAUCAUGUCCCAAAGAAUGCGAUUGUUAGCGAGAGGUGUGUGGUACUUUGUAAUUGUUGUGGUUUCCACUUUAAAGACUCGUGUUGUUCCAGUUGUGGUGGAAGCAAUGGAUGUGCAGUUAUCAUGA